AUGAAAAUACCUAUUGCUCCUAUUGUAAUUGUGGAUCAUGGAGGAGAGUUCAGGAUUACAGCAGGACUACACAAAUAUGCCUGUGAUCUCACACUGGAUCCAAACACAACAAAUACUCGUCUCAUUCUUUCAGAGGAGAACAGAAAGGUGAUGUGGGUGAAUGAGGAUCAGCCAUAUCCUGAUCAUCCAGAGAGAUUUGAUGUGUGUCCUCAGAUUCUGUGUAGAGAGAGUCUCUCUGGACGCUGUUACUGGGAGGCUGAAUUGAGUGGAGAUACUGCUAUAUCAGUGACAUAUAAAGGAAUCAGCAGGAAAGGAGGAAGACAUGACUGUGUGCUUGGAUACAAUAAAAAAUCCUGGAGUCUGAUCUGCUCUAAUUACAGCUUCACCGUCCAUCACAAUGAUAACAUCACACACCUAAGUGUCCCGUCACUCUUCUCUAAUAGAAUAGGAGUGUAUGUGGAUGUAUCGGCCGGCACUCUGUCCUUCUACAGCAUCUCUGACACACACAAACUCACACACUUACACACAUUCAACACCACAUUCACUGAGCCUCUCUAUGCCGGAUUUGUGUUGGUGUUCCUGAACUCCUCAGUGUCUCUGUGUCAGACUGAAAAGCCUGGGGUCAUUGAGCAGAGACCUGUCACCAGUGAUCUCAUCACCAUUUCCCCCAUUGUUCGCCCCAGUCCCUCAGUCCUGAGAGGUGUGAACAACCAUUGA